GUAUAUCAUCCAAAUUAUCUUUAAUUCUUUCGUCUCUUUCUCUUUUGAUUCAUCAUAUAAUAAUGGGGAAUUCCAUAUCUCCAUGUUUUCAUCCCAAUCCAAGGUCUUCAGUGAAACUCAUCUUCUGGGAAGGAAAUACAAGAAUCCUCACUGGAAAACACAUCGCCGGCGAGGUCAUGUUUGAGUUUCCCGACAAGAUGGUUUGCCAUGCAGACUCUUUCUUCAUCGGUCACCCCAUCCCAGUGUUAGGCAUUGACGACGACCUCAUGCCUGGUCAAACUUACUUUGUUCUUCCCCUCGAUCGAUUUCCAUGCAUGAACGUAUUGUCAGCAUCUUCUCUUGCUGCCUUAAAGUCUAGUCCUAAACCUGCUCCCAUCAACUUCGGGGACUGCCCUUUCGAAUACGUCAAAGGUUCAAAUGGUAGGGUUCUGAUCAAGGUUUUGCCUGAGUUUAUAACAAGCUUGAUACAUGGAAGCAAAGAAGAAGGAAGUGAGAAUAGUUUCCUUUGCAGCACACCGGAGUUGAAGAAGCAUUACGACAUGCUUGUUGGAUCAAAAGAACAAGUUUGGUCGCCAAAACUUGAGACGAUUUCAGAGUACAAGAUUAGGUUUUCCCCUUGCAGGUUCAUAGGGCUGGAGUGGAAACAAAAGGAGAACCAAAUUUAUUAAUUUAUUAUAGACGAUUAAAAACUCAUUUGUCAUGUCAACUCCUCAAAUAAUUAUCUUAAUUUCUAAAUUCAUAAUCAUAGAUAGAGGUCCUUUGAUUAACUGUGUCCUUUUAACAUGGUGUAUGCCACUAGUUGUAAAAACCUUUUAAUUCCAUUUUCAUUGUCAAUACAAAGAAAUGUUAUUGAAAUUAGAGAUUUUUCUUUGGGGUUCAA